AUGGGUGUUGAAGGAAAUCAUCGUCUUCUUUUGUGCCUCAUAACUCUUGCCUUAUCAACUGCUGCUGCUCAUGGGGCUGCUGUGAAACCGAGUCAUGACUCAAUGCCAUUCAAUCGAACUAGCUUCCCAGCUGGGUUCGUAUUUGGAGCUGGUUCAGCUGCUUAUCAGUCUGAAGGAGCAGCUCUUACCCAUGGAAGGGGACUAAGUAUAUGGGAUACCUUCAUUAGGAAGCAUCCAGAAAAAAUUUCCGAUGGUAGUAAUGGGGAUGUAGCCAAUGAUUUUUACCAUCACUAUAAGGAGGACGUAAAAUUGAUUAAAAAGAUCGGCUUGGACUCCUUCAGAUUUUCAAUCUCAUGGUCAAGAAUACUACCUAAGGGAACAGUUAAAGGUGGAGUGAACCAAGAAGGCGUCAAAUUCUACAACAAUCUUAUAAAUGAGCUCUUAUCCAAUGGAAUUGUGCCUUUUGUCACCCUUUUUCAUUGGGAUCUACCACAAACACUUGAAGACGAGUAUGAUGGAUUUUUGAGCCCUAAGAUUGUUGAUGAUUUUCAAGACUACGCCAAUUUUUGUUUCAAAACAUUUGGCGACCGGGUCAAGUAUUGGGUGACAUUGAAUGAGCCUGUAACAUAUUGUGUUAAUGGGUACAACGGUGGCACUUAUGCACCGGGUCGAUGUUCGAGCUACGUCGGAAACUGCACUGCCGGCAACUCUGCCACUGAGCCUUACAUUGUGGGUCAUCAUCUACUACUAGCUCAUGCAUAUGCUGUGAAAUUAUACAGGGACAAGUAUCAGGCCUUUCAGAAAGGACAAAUUGGGAUUUCCGUUGUGACAUUCUGGUAUUUACCAAAGUCGGGAACAGCUGCAAGCAAGAGGGCAGCCUCUAAGGCUCUUGAUUUUAUAUUAGGAUGGUUUACUCAUCCUGUUACAUUCGGUGAGUAUCCCCAAAGCAUGAGAUCUUCAGUGGGAGAUCGUUUGCCUAAAUUCAGCGUAGCAGAAUUAAAACUGCUAAAAGGAUCUAUAGAUUUCCUUGGUGUCAAUUAUUACACAGCUAGUUAUGCAGAUCCUCCCUCACUCUCUGCUGCCACUUCUACUGUUAACCAAAGUUUCUAUGGAGACAUGGAUAUCUCUCUCUCUACGGACAAAAAUGGGGUUCCUUUGGGUACACCGACUGCUUUGAGCUGGCUACACAUCUACCCAAAGGGAAUUCGAGAGCUUAUGCUACAUAUAAAGGAAAAGUACAACGAUCCGGAGAUUUACAUUACUGAAAACGGUGUUGGCGAUGCAAAUAAUAGCUCCCUGCCUAUUAAGACUGUCCUCAAGGAUAGUACAAGGAUAAGAUACCAUUAUCUCCAUCUUUCGUAUCUUUCAGAAGCCAUCAAAGAGGGCGUUAAAGUGAAGGGAUACUUUGCAUGGGCAUUUGCGGAUGUGUAUGAAUGGAACUCUGGCUACACUGUUCGAUUUGGACUUGCUUAUGUCGAUUACAAAAACAAAUUCAAAAGAACUCUCAAGUACUCUGCCUAUUGGUUCAAGAUGUUCCUCCUCAAAUGA